UUCCGCUUAACGUGCCUCUUUCUGUGGAGGAUGCGCCCGCGCUGCGAAACGCAAAGAAACGAGCAAGCGAGCUGGCGCUGCGGCCUGACAUCACGGCAUGACAGCGGCCAGCGCGUCACCGCACGCCUGCGGCCCGGUCUGGUCUGCUUCGCAGCCAGCACAUCGCCCCGUUCUGAACGCGUGCGAGGCUCCGACGCGCCUCCUCUGGAUUCGACUGGACCUGAGCUCGAACCUGGGCCUUGCGCCUGGAAUCUGAGUCGCGGCCUGGACGUGAUCUGCGCUGUUGCUGCGUCGGCGGAACGAGCCCUUUGGACCUGAGCCUCUUCGUCCUGCUGCUCGCGGGCGCCAACCGCCCCCGGCCCGCCUGCGCUGCGGCGCCUGGUCUGAACCGCGGUGGACCACUGCUGCAAACCCCUCCUCCUCCCCUCGUGCAGCAGGAGAGAGAAGACGGAAAAAAGUAAAGAAAGGUUCAAGAAAACAGGCCCGUCGUGUUCCUGGCUCAGCUGCGCAGCUCGAUCCCAUCCCUCCAGACACACCCUCUUGGCCAACUCGUGCCCUCUCCGUUCGUCUCCAGAUCGGUUCCCCUCCAGCCUGAGCCAAUCGUCCCCUGCUCCCGCUGAUCCAAGCCUUGUGGACGGCAAAGAAUGGUGCGGCCGGAAAAAUCGUGCCAGGCAAAGGCUGACAUGCGCUCGCAGGCACCGUUGUACGAUCAGUUCCUGCUGUUCGGUGACUCCAUCACCGAAUUUGCCGAGUGUCACGACGGCGGCUAUGGCUUUGCCGCCGGACUGAGAGACUGUAAAGCAAGCCCGUGAACACGAUCUGCACAAAGUCCGGCAGCUGAAGAAUGCUCUGUAGCGUACAUCAGGAGGCUCGAGGUCGUCAACCGCGGCCUGAGGUAAGAUACAGCUGGCUGAACAGCCCUCGUGGAUACCAGAGCGUCGCCUGAGCUUGAAUUCAGUGGCUACAACACCGACAUGGCCUUGCGCGUCAUAUCCAAAGCGAUCCCUCGUCCGGACGAGGGCCGCAUCCGACUGAUGACCGUCUUCUUCGGCGCGAACGACUCCUGCUUCCCGACAGAGAGCAACAACCAGUGCGUGCCGCUCCCGGAGUUCCGCUCCAAUCUGAUCAAGAUCAUUCGCAACCCCGUCGUGGCAGCCCACAAUCCACGCAUCAUCUUGAUCACCAACCCUCCCGUGGACGAGAGGAAGCAGUACAUCCUCGACACCGCCAAGGGGUACCCGCUGAGGCGCACGGCGGAGAACACAAUGAAGUAUGCCGAAGCGAUUCGAAACGUGGGAAAGAGCCUCAACGUGCCCGUGGUCGACAUAUGGACCGAGAUCAUGCUCAAGGCCGGCUGGACCCCGGGCCAGACUGAGGGUCUGCCCGGGUGCAGAGACGUCCCUCCGAGCGACGUGCUCGAGGAGUAUCUGUUCGACGGAUUGCAUCUCGCGCCUGUGGGCUAUCAUCUGCUAUACGACAAGAUCCUCGAGUGCAUCGCCAACACGUGGCCGGACCAGCUCCCGGAGAACCUACCGUACGUUCUUCCACGUUGGGACGACGGCGACGCAUGGCGUCUGCGCGGCGAGACCGACCCCAGAGUCAUCUACCACCGACCGCGCGCCUACGUGGACCCAUUCACCGGCGCCAAAGUCGCUGGCAACGGGACCCAAGUCGCUGGCAACGGCACCCGUUAAAUCGCCUGACAAGAGUCUCCCUGCAAUGCUUAGAGCCCUAACCUCCUUAGAUUCCAAGAAAACGAAACGAACGAGAAAGUCAACCAUAAAAAGAAGAAGAAGAAAAAAUAAAACAUUUGAACCGUAAGUCUUUUGGUGUGGCACUUUUGAUGAACCUGGGUGGAAAUAUCUUAUGUGCUUGGGAGGCGAGUAGUGCGUGUGCAGCGCUGGGAAUGUACCUCCCGGUGUCUUCUGGUCACUGUUUUGAUACCCACUACCGCUACAUAACAGCAGGGCUGGCAUCAUUUUGACCUUCCUUUUCCCCGUCCCCCCCCCCCCC